ACUCACCUGGUUUGUCUCACCAUAUUCCUUACAUUGAUUUAUUCCAAUUUAAUCUCUGUCUCUUCUUAUACCCAAGGCCUCAAACACUAGAUAGGAAUCAUAGGCUUUUCAGACAGCACUCAAAGUUCUCCAAACCUGUUUAUUUGACAAACACAGUCUUAGGUAGAGACCCCCCCACUCCAAUUAAAAAAUUAUAUAAAACAGUGGCAUUAAAGUAUGCAGAUUCUUCAAUGGGUCUCUAAAGGGGCACAUGAACAAGAAAUAUGGAGAAGCACCAUAAGUUCUCCCACCAAUUGGAAAGCUAUCAAAGAAGAAAAAGCUAAAGGAAAAGAUAUAAUUACACUUAAGCAUCAUAAGGCGUAUAGAAGAACAAAGAGAAUAGAAGGGAGGAAGCUUGGCAGCAAGAAUUUAAAGCUAUUUCCUUUCAUUUGCGGAAAAGACAUUCCAAAGGCUUGCUUUUACAGAACCCUCAAAGUAAAGGAAAUAGAAAACUUGAAUAUGAGAAGGCACUUUGUCAACUCAGUGAAGAUGAAGAGAGAAGAAUUAUCCAAAGGAAUAGGAAUAACUAGAAAGGCAGAUUUUGCUACUCAUGGAGGAAAGAAGGUUUUACCCAUAACUGAAGCAUCAUUCUCCGACUCUCCAAAAAGAAAUGACCAACGUGUCAUUGCAGAAAGUAAUGCAGUUACAAAGAAGCCUGUUUCAAGAAUGAAACAACUACUUAGAAAGGUUGCUGCGGCCAAAACAGAGAAAAGUGAAAAAUUCUAUGAACAGAAGGUUUUACAGUUUAGAAGACAAGGAAACGUAGAAGCAGUUCAAGACCAUGAUGAACUUAGUAGUGAAUCACCCAAGAUCAGUUUCACCUGGGAUGUAGAAACUUGCUUGUCUGAAAAUGGACAAGCUCAGAUUUCACGUUCACAAGUAUUCAUCCCUCCCAGUGAGCGUGAUCGUAGAAAAGGAAACUGGAUCACUACAGACUCUGAAUCAGAUGUGGUGCUUGAACUAUGAAGAAAUGUAUCUAAGGGAAAUAUUCUAUCGUUUCAUUGACGGUGAUGCUGUUGAGCAAUGAAUCAACUUCACUG